CAAUACGAUUUGCACAACGGUCUAUCAUCAAAGAUGGCGGGAGCCUCCGACCCACUGGAGGACAUGCUCUUCAAUGAGGUAGACGAAAAAGCAGUAAGUGACUUAGUUGGCUCUUUGGAAUCGCAACUUGUCAGCCAAAAGACUUCGCCCGCCACAUUUUCCGAUAUCAAGCGAGAAGGAUCUACGGGUACUGUCAGCCAGUUCUCAGGGAAAGUGCGUGAUCAAGUGGGGUCUCUGGAGCCGCCACAACAAGGACACCCAAAAGCGGUGUUAAACGCGGAACUCUGCGCGAAUCAGGCGAUUUCGAAUAAGAGUAUCACCGCUUCUACCUCUUCCAUCACUGCUGGGGGCAUUAUAAACGCUGGUACCAAUUUACAAACACAUGGAGCCGCAUCUCUCAUAAUUUCCCCCGCACCACCAGGAUCGGUAACUUUGCCUGCUCAGACGACUAGCUACAACAGAGGGACUGUUUUGGGUCCAGCUGAAACAUCGGCGGUGACUGCUCCGAACUCAAACCUCACAACAACAACGGCUAUCAGGACUCCUUCACCUGGAUUACAGAGUUUUAACGGUAGCCCCGGAGCUGUGAAGUUGGUCAACUCGCCAGCUGCUUCUCCCCAAAUCGGGUUAGGCGGCAACACUGUUAUAAGUACUGCCAGUGCGGGCAACUCAAAUAUCAUUGUGUCUAUGGCUUCACAGCCUCCUUCUCUACCAAACUAUCCUGUAUCUCAAUCUGCUGUGGCAUUUGUUACUCCCACUGUUGCAUUGCAAAGGCAUCCCAACCCCAUGGCCAGUGCCUCACAGAAUGGAGUAAUAGACCCUAAGGUUUCUGCAGUGGUCACACAGGGUGCAGGUUCUCCGGGGGCCACCACCUCUCAGGUCAUGAACCGCAAUAACACUCUUAUUAACACUACAAUGGUGGCACCCAACCAGCCAGUCUCUGCUGGCCAAUCAAUCAUUCUCGGAGGGUCUCCCUCUCCUGUUGUUGUGAACUCACCCAUAAGCCAGGCACAGAGUGUGGCGAGUCCCACUCUCGCAGCCGGUGUGAAACCAACGGUUAACGGAGUUGGUCAGCCCACGGUGACCAUCGUGAGGCCCCCCGGUGCUCCUGUGAUGGCCACCUCCGUGCAGCAGCAGAGACCUGGGCUGGUAGCGAGUCCCACGAGGACUGUGGCACCACAGAUGGUCGUCAGACCACCACAGCAGACCACCAUUCAGUUACCCCCUGGAUUUACCAUACCUCCCGGUAUGGUGCUGGUGCGUACAGACACAGGCCAGCUGGUAAUGGUUCCUCAGCAGGUUCUAGCCCAGGCUCAGGCUAAGACCCAACAAGGCCAGGCUGCUGUCUCUAACAUCUGCCCCCGGCCUGCUACACCUACCGCUGGGACCACCAUCAGAGUCAGUACUCCCAGCCAGGCCCCUUGUACAACCCAGGCUGUUCGUCUGGCCUCCCCUGUCCAGGCCAGAAUGUUGCAGUCCCCCUCUCCCACCAGCUCUGCUAUACAGAAGGCGAUAACCGUGGCUCCUGCAGGUGCGUCUGUGUCGGUGAAGAUGACCACCCCUCAGAAAGCCCAGACAGUGAUCACAGGGGGCCAAGCCCUGGCCAAGCCUGGUGCUGUACGGCCCUCUAUAACCCUUAACACUGCAGCAUCAGCCAGUGCCUCCACAACCCCUACAAUGGUAACUGCACCAGUCUCCCAGGAAAUGCAAGAAAAUGUGAAGAAGUGCAAGAACUUCCUGUCCACCCUGAUCAAGCUGGCGUCCCACAACUCCCCAUCUCCAGACACAUCCAAGAACGUCAAGGGCCUGGUGCAGGAUCUUCUGGAUGCUAAAAUCGAGCCUGAGGAGUUCACCACACGUCUGCAGGCUGAGCUGAAGUCCUCUCCCCAGCCGUACCUCAUCCCCUUCCUCAAGAAAAGCCUUCCUGCCCUGCGGCUGUCCCUGCUCAACAACCAGCAGACUCUGUUGGCCUCCACCAACGCUUCUGCCCUGGCCGCUGCCUCCACUACUACCACCAGCGCUAUCAGGGCCCGGCUCCCCACCACCGUCAGCCCCGCCACAGGCAUUGUCAGGACACCCACCACUUCUCUGGGUGUGAGAAGACCAGGGGUUCAGGGGGUCCAGACUCGCAUGCCGAUGGUCAUCCCUCAGACCAUCCGGCCACAAGGCACAGUUGCAAGAGGACUCACUAUUAUUGCAGGCAGAUCUCCUGUGGGCAUUGGUGCCCAGGCCUCUGCCAAUCAGAAGAAGCUGAAUGAGCCUGGAGGCGGGACGUUCAGAGAUGAUGAUGACAUCAACGACGUGGCGUCCAUGGCGGGGGUGAACCUGAACGAGGAGAACGCCCGCAUCAUGGCCACCAACUCUGAGCUGGUGGGCACCAAGAUCCGCUCCUGUAGGGACGAGGCCUUCCUCCCGCCAGGCCUGUUGCACAGACGCAUCAUGGAGACCGCCAAGAGGUUUGGGGUGACAGAGGUCCCAGCUGAGGCAGUGAACUACAUCUCCCAUGCCACCCAGGCCAGGCUGAGAUCCGUGCUAGAGAAAGUGUCAACUAUCGCCCAGCACCGCACUGACGGGGGCAAGGAUGAGGAGUGGUAUGAGCCGUCGACAGACGUCAGGGCCCAGCUCCGCUUCUUUGAGCAGCUGGACAGGAUGGAGAAACAGAGGAAGGACGAGCAGGAGAGGGAGGUCCUACUCAAGGCUGCCAAGAGUCGCGCCAGGCAGGAGGACCCAGAGCAAGCUCGGUUGAAGGCGAAAGCUAAAGAGAUGCAGCAGGCGGAGCAGGCCCAGAUCCGGCAGCGUGAAGCCAACCUCACUGCCCUGGCUGCCAUCGGUCCCCGCAAGAAACGCAAGAUGGACUCGCCAGGGAGCUCCACAUCGGGCACAGAGGUUGCUUUGGGUUCAGGGGCUGGCUCUUCCACAGCCGCCUCCUCCCGCCAACAGCUCCGUCAGCGGAUCACGCGAGUCAAUCUCAGGGACUUUAUCUUCUGCCUGGAGCAGGAGAGGGUCACAUCCCGGUCCUUACUGCUCUAUAAGGCUCUCCUGAAGUAGUGGAGUCCCCCAGGGUUCUGGACUUGACCCAAUACAAAUUUGUGACAAGUUUCCCCUUAACCCCAACUCAUAUAUACAUACAAACACACACACACACACACGCAUGCACACGUUCCCAUACCACACUAUCCUUUAUCCCCCUAAUCUGAUACUAAGCAACCCCACGCCACCCCAACGUUGCCCCCUGAUCAUACAGCCCCUUUGGACAGGUACACUGCUGGCUCUACUCUUUCACUUGGCCACAUCAUUGUUCUCACAUCAAGUCUAGUCUCAUUCACUAGCUGUGUGCUUUACAAUGCUGAGAGCCUCGAAGCUGGCAGGCGGGCACACACUCAUUUUUUACAAUGACUCCUGCUAUGUACCUGACGAGGUGCCUUUUGAGUCUGUCCCAAUCCGUUGCGUAAUUCUCAAACAAAACCUACAGUUGUAAGAUUUGUGUCAGGAUCCUUGCUAUUUUAGCCCAAUGGCUACUCACUAAGGAUGUUACAUCACACCACAGAUAGUUUUGACUGGAUUUUCAAGAGGAUUGUUUGGUCACCCUGGUUAGGAUCUGUGCUCUCCAGAUCAAAACCCACAAACACUUGUGUUAUCUACGUUUUUCCAAACAUUGAAAAGGAACCAUUUCAAAUUGAAAGAUAAUGUUUGCAUUUUAUGUACCAUACAAGUACGGCGUUAAAAACUACAGGUUUUAAUUCACCACACCAUAUAGUGAAUGUUAGAGAAAUCUAUUGUCAGAUAAAUGUACAGAGUACUGUGAUGCCUCAUUUUAAAACAACAAAUACAUACAGUACUUACUAGUUCCAGACCUGGGUCAAAUACUUUCAAAUGAUUGAGCUGUGCUCGAUUUAGUUUGUCUGGUACAGUAGAACCAAUGGAAUAGUCCCAUUAAAUGCAAACGCCAAGCUAAAUCAAGCGCACCUUAAUUUGACCCAGGUCUGGCUGGUAUACAUGGUGGUUUAGGGUUCAUAUUACGAUAUUACUGCGCAGCAUGCCUGAUAGGUAUUAUGGCAGAAUAGUGAAACAUAAGAUUAUUAUAUAUUUUUUUGUGUGUGUAAAGAGCCAACUCGGUUUAUAUAUGGUUCAUACGAAGACCCGUCUCUCCUAUUGUAGACCGUGAAUCUAGAUAAAUUACCAGUAGCCAUUUUAAGAUAUUAUUAUUCAGACUCAAGCUCAGCACAGAACAGGGAGCUGGCUCUCUUAUACACUCACUCAGGCUAAUGAAAUAAAGACGUCAACAAACAAUGUUGUCAUAUUGAGCACCAUUCCUAUCAUUUUCUUCUCAAGACCUUAAAAUUCCAUCCAGGAUUUUUUUUUUUCUUUUUUCUCCCCCGCCUGGAAAGUCAGUCUCUUGCAGCACCGCGCAAACAAGAUCUAUAGUGUGCUUUGCUAUGUUAAUGCUGAUCAACAUCAAAAUGAUCUGUCGUGGCGAUCAAGCAAGUAUUUUUCUAAUGCUAAUUGUAUACAACUGCUCAUUUUUUGGGGGGGGUGAAAGUGUUUUUUUCCCCCCAGUUUGACUUUGGAAUGACUGAAGGUUUUUAAUGCUUUAAAUGUAUUUUUUUUACUGUAACAGGCAUUUGUUUAUAUAGUGCAUAGUUCUAAUUGAUCAAUGAGAUACAGCUGUGGUGUUAAGAGUCUGGGUCUUAGCACCUAGCUACAGUACCAUCUGUUGAAGGACACAUUUUUGUGACUAUUUAUAUUUCCUACUAUCUGUGUAUUCAAACCUGACGCAUUUCAGGCGAUGCAAUUUUACUAUUGUUUGUACCUUUGCAAAAAAAAUGAAUAAAGAAAGUGACAAAGUA